CGCGCUGAGCACGGAGUGCCGGGGAACCAGGCCUCGCCCGCCGGCCGGGAGGCCCCGGAGCCGGCCCAUGGGGAGCGGGCGCCCGGUGCCGGCCCCGACGACCGCCGCCGGAGCCGCACCCUCCCUGUGAAGCCCAGGGACCCCUUGCGGGAGAGCCCCAUGAGGGCAGAAGAGUGAUGGAGAGUACGCCCAGCUCCCUGAAGGGUGCCCCAGCCUGGCAGAAGACAGCCCCUGAGAACGGCGUCGUGGGCCGGCAGCCGAACACGCUGCCGCCAGAGGGCCUGCGCCAUGGGGCGCUGUGCCUGGGAGAGUCGGCUCCCUUCUGGAGGGGUGUCCUGAGCACCCCAGACUCCUGGCUUCCCCCUGGCUUCCCCCAGGGCCCCAAGGACACGCUCCCACCCGUGGAGGGUGAAGGCCCCCGGAAUGGGGAGAGCAAGGCCAGCUGGCUGAGCAGCAAGGAGGGGCUGCGCUGGAAAGAGGCGAUGCUCACCCAUCCGCUGGCAUUCUGUGGGUCAGCGUGCCCACCGCGCUACGGCCCCCUGAUUCCUGAGCAUAGCAGCGGCCAAGCAAAAAGUGACCCUGUGGCCUUCCGGCCCUUGCACUGCCCCUUCCUUCUGGAGACCAAGAUCUUGGAGCGAGCUCCCUUCUGGGUGCCCACCUACUUGCCACCCUACCUAAUGUCCAGCCUGCCCCCAGAGCGCCCAUGUGACUGGCCCCUGGCCCCGCACCCCUGGGUGUACUCGGGGGGCCAGCCCAAAGUGCCCUCUGCUUUCAGCUUAGGCAGCAAGGGCUUCUACCACAAGGAUCCGAGUGUUCUCAGGCUGGUGAAGGAGCCGUUGGCGGCUGUGGAGCCGGGCUUGCUGGGCUUAGCCCCUGGCGGGCCUCCCCAGAGAAGCGGGGAGGCGGAGUGCCCUCCGCUCCACCAGAGGGACGGAGAGACAGGCCUCGGCCGGCAUCAGAAUCUUUGCCCCCUUCUCCUGGGACAUCCAGACACUGCUCCCCAGACCCCCUGGCCUACUUGUCCCCCAGGCCUGGUUCAUACUCUUGGCAACGUCUGGACUGUACCAGGGAGUGGGGGCCUGGGGUACCCGCUGGGGCCAUCGGCCACAUCCAGGUGCCCCUCUCCUGGGCCUGCUGCUACCUCGAGGGCCUGUUGCUCAUCCCGCCCGCCUGUUGGGGAAGGAGGCCUUGGCCCCUGUGGGAGUUGCCAGGGGGACCUGGAGGGAGGCGCCAGGGGGGCUGGUGCGUCCAGCGAGGAAGCCAGCAAGGGCUCUGGUCCCCGGGCCUGCCUGCCCAGCCACCACACCAAGCUGAAGAAGACGUGGCUCACGAGACACUCUGAGCAGUUCGGGUGCCCAGGCGACUGCCCUGGGGAGGAGGAGAGCCCAGUGGCCCCCCUUCGGGCCCUCAAGCGGGCAAGCAGCCCUGAGGUCCAGGGAGUGGCAGGCAGCCCGGCCGCCAAGCGCCCCCCUGACCCUUUCCUGGGCAGUGCGGGGCAGAGGGCCAGAGAUCAGCAGGACGUCCCGGACUCGUCAUUGGGGAACAAGGCGGAGGCAGGACAGCGUGAGGACCACAGAGGACCCCGAGACGGCAGGGCCAGCUUCCAGGAGCCAGGGCAUCAGGAUGCACCGUGCUCAGCUCCCCCUGCAGGCGCCGCUCAGUGCCAAAGCUGUACCCAGGCAGCAGGCGAGGUGGGAGGGCUGGCUCGCCACUCCCAGCAAGUGCCCAGAUGGUCUCUGGGAGGGGAGCAGCGGCAGGAGGAGGACUCAGCAGCCAGCUCCUGGGAGGGAGGAGGGUCUGGCCCAAAGGCCGGGCUCAGCGUCGGCCUUGCCAAGCACCUGCUGAGCGGUUUGGGGGACCGACUGUGCCGCCUGCUGCGGAGGGAGCGGGAGGCCCUGGCCUGGGCACAGCGGGAAGGCCAGGGGCCAGCCAGGACAGAGGACAACCCAGGCAUUCCAGGCUGCUGCAGCCGCUGCCACCACGGACUCUUCAACACCCACUGGAGAUGCCCUCGCUGCAGCCACCGGCUGUGUGUGGCCUGUGGUCGCGUGGCGGGUGCUGGGAGGGCCAGGGAGAAAGCAGGCUCACCGGAGCCGUCCCCAGAAGAGUGUGCCCGGGAGUCUGGGCACGGUGCCUCUUCCUUGAUGCUCACACAGUUUGUCUCCAGCCAGGCAUUGGCAGAACUGAGUACCGCAAUGCACCAGGUCUGGAUCAAGUUUGACAUCCGGGGGCACUGUCCCUGCCAAGCUGAUGCCCAGGUGUGGGCCCCUGGGGAUGGGGGCCAGCAGAAGGAGCCGACAGAGAAAACCACCCCAACUCCACAACCUUCCUGCAACGGGGACACCAACAGGACCAAGGACAUCAAAGAAGAGACCCCGGACUCCACAGAGACCCCUGCAGAAGACCGUACCAGCCGAGGGCCCCUGCCUUGUCCCUCUCUCUGUGAACUGCUGGCCUCCACUGCUGUCAAACUCUGCUUGGGGCACGAGCGGAUACACAUGGCCUUUGCCCCUGUCACUCCGGCCCUGCCCAGUGAUGACCGAAUCACUAACAUCCUAGACAGCAUCAUCGCGCAGGUAGUGGAACGGAAGAUCCAGGAGAAAGCCCUGGGGCCUGGCCUGCGGGCGGGGCCGGCCCUGCGCAAGGGUCUGGGCCUGCCCCUCUCGCCCAUGCGGCCCCGGCUGCCUCCACCAGGGGCUUUGCUGUGGCUGCAGGAGCCCAGGCCUCGGUGGCGAGGCUUCCACCUGUUCCAGGAGCACUGGAGGCAGGGCCAGCCUGUGUUGGUGUCAGGGAUUCAGAGGAUGUUGCAAGGCAGCCUGUGGGGCGUGGAGGCUCUCGAGGCGCUCGGAGGCCAGGUGAAGGUGAUGACCCCCCUCGGGCCCCCCCAGCCGACAAACCUGGGCAGUGCCGCCUUCUGGGACGGAUUCUCCCGGCCUGAGAUUCGCCCAAAGUCACCCGAGGGCUCGGUCCUCCUGCUGCACAGAGCUCUGAGGGACGAGGACACCAGCAGGCUGGAGAACCUGGCUGCCAGCCUGCCCCUCCCGGAGUACUGUGCCCAGCAGGGGAAACUCAACCUGGCUUCCUACCUCCCACCGGGCCCUGCCCUGUGUCCACUGGAGCCCCAGCUGUGGGCAGCCUAUGGUGUAAGCCCACACCGUGGGCACCUGGGGACCAAGAAUCUCUGUGUAGAGGUGACAGACCUGGUCAGCAUCCUGGUACGUGCUGAAGCCCCACUGCCUGCCUGGCAUCGGGCACAGAAAGACUUCCUCUCAGCCCUGGAUGGGGAGGGGCUCUGGUCUCCGGGCAGCCAGGUCAGCAGCGUGUGGCACGUGUUCCGGGCACAGGACGCCCAGCGCAUCCGCCGUUUUCUCCAGAUGGUGCAGGGCCUGGUGAGCACGGUGAGCGUCACUCAGCACUUCCUGUCCCCCGAGACCUCGGCCCUCUCUGCUCAGCUCUGCCACCAGGGACCCAGCCUGUCCCCUGACUGCCGCCUGCUUUAUGCCCAGAUGGACUGGGCUGUGUUCCAAGCAGUGAAGGUGGCUGUGGGAGCAUUGCAGGAGGCCAAAUAG